AUGUACGUCGAUAAAUCCCGAAAGCGACGAUCAUGUGUUAAAGGUGCAUUGAAUGUGAGUUUCGAUAAACGUGAAGAUAUGGUACAAGUUGAUGACAGUGCUAUUGCAUUCGAUCAUUCAAUUCAUCAAAAUAAACUAGAUGAUGCUCAGAAUGAUGAAGAGGCGAAUAAUCAACGGCAAAUAAUGAGUAAUAAUAGUUCACAAUUGCCGUUACAUGAGCUUCCAUGGAACUUGAAUGAAGAAGAAAAUAUUCCUGGAAAGAAACAUCUUGAUGAUAGCAUAGUUAACUCGAUGAGCAAAAAUUAUCGAGUUGUAGACACUGCUGCUGCCGAAGAAAAUCCUCAGACGACACAGAAAAUCGUUAAUAAUGACGAUAUUAGUCUUGAACCUAUUGUGGAAUACGCUCAGGAACCGUUAUUACCAUUAGCCGAGGCAUGUGCUCCGCUGAUCGACAUUAUCGACGAUAUAUUAACUUACGUUCAAUUGGCUCUGGAUGACACUCCAGAUGAACCAGCAAAUGGUCUGACAGUCGAUGAAAGUGCAUCGAUUCGUCUUUAUACAAUUGAAUGGCCAGGAUUUCAUCGAAGUCUCUAUUCCAAACUGAAUCGUGCUCUUAAGGCCGCUAAUCGCGAGGAACUUCGUCCCUAUUUUAAGUAUCUCAAACUACUUUUAACUGCUGUAGUUAAACUGCCAUGCGUUUCACGAAUGACUAUCUGGCGAGGAGUCACCAAAGAUUAUAGUGCUAAUUUUCCACCUGGAGAACUGGUUACAUGGUGGACGUUUUCAUCUUGCACAACUACAAUGACUGUACUCGAGAAUAAUUUAUACUUGGGUACAACGGGCCCGCGAACGCUCUUCUCCAUCGAAGCUAUCAAUGGUCGAUCAAUACAAGCUCAUUCACAUUUCGCUAAGGAAGAUGAAAUUCUUCUUCUACCUGGUACACGCAUGGAAGUUCAAUCACAAAUGAUUCCAGCAACCGAUCUUCACAUUAUUCAUAUAAGACAGAUCGUUCCCAAUGAAGUACUUUUGGAGCCUCCUUUUGAAGGUGCAUAUCUUUAUCCUAAAAAUACGUACGUAUCAGUUUUUUUUUCCAUCGAUUUAUAUUUUUAA